CUGCAACUCCUGUUCCGUCUUUGUCUUUCUCUGUUUCCUCUGAAGUGCCGCCUUAGACAUCUUUAAAUGUUUGAAUGCUCGAAUGCUGUUUACAAAUUCACUCCUCGACUUAAAGUGUUCUGCUGAAGUUUGUCGUGGUUACUUAUAGGUACGCCACCUUCACGGCCCCUGAUGGUAACAUCAAAGCUUUGAUGUUGCAACAUGUUGCAACAUCAAAGCUUUGAUGUUACCAUCAGGGGCCGUGAAGGUGACGUAAGAUUCUAACGACGUAACCAAGGUUACGGUAAACAUUGCAUUAUGAAAAUUAGAUUGUCACGUGACAUGUGUUCAUUUUAUUGUAAAUACAUUUGCAGGGUUUGACCAGUGUUGCUAACUUACCGACUUUGUCGCUAGAUUUAGCAGCUUUUCAGACCUGAUGUCGGAGACUUUUAGAGUUUUUUGUUAACCUGAAAUCCUCCGCUAUUCGCCGUGUUUUCGGUGCAUACAGCCUUCGUACAGCGUCUGUUCAGACGCUUUGACAUCGCCCGGACCCCCGAGAGUACUUGGCUGUUGGUACGUACCGUAAGUCACGUGACCUUAAUGGGUCUGUUCGGGUGCUCGUGAUGCAGCCGGUGGAUCUGCACCGCAGAGCUUCUCUAAGGUAAGAGCUGUAAGCCGUUCUGUUAAAUAUUCUUCAUUCAUGGCAUUACCUGUGCAGUAAAGUUAUCCUGCUAGGAGAUAAUUAAGGUUUUAUUUAUUUUUUAUUCUGAAAUGCGAGAUUGUGGCAGCGGAGUUAGCUCAUAGCACAUUAGCUACUGGCGUAUUAGCUAACACAGCGGGAAGCUGUGAGGUUAAAAGGGGAAAAAAAGCUCCUCCGGGAUUUAUUUCGGUGGGGAAGGCGAGGUGAUUUGGUUAGCUGUCCAGGUAGCUACGAAGCUGAAGUUGGUUCCCGAUUGCAGCUUCCGAUUCGGGAAAUGGCUAAAGGGCCAUUCCACUUAAUUUUUGACUGACUGACUGGAUGCUAUCUGCUGGGUUUCCUCAGAUGUAGAAACUGCUUGGAAUGAAUGUGAAUAAUAAUUUAAACUUUACUGCUUGUUUGAUUACUAUUAUCAAUUGAAAUGUAUGUAUUAUUAGGUUUAAUUGACCUUCGGCCAAAAGGAACAUGGAGACCCUUAAAAAUGUUACCAACAUUUCAUGGUGUCAGAAGUGGGAUUUGAGGUAAAAAGAUGGACAGUACCAAAGACCUGGAGACAUGACCUGCUUUUCAGAACGCACCAAAGCCGCGGCCAAAAUUCAGGACAGGUUAUCUCCACCUGCAGACUCAGUAUUGGUGGGUCUGUACUCGAUGAUCUGAGAGGAAAAAAACAACCAGUAAAUUCACCUAUUUGAUGUGAAAGACAGUGUGGAGGUGAUACCCAGCUCUAAUCCUGUCUCACUGCAGGAUUUAGAUGAAGAUUUGUAUGUUUGCCUUUUAAAAGACUCACAGACCGACGGUCCAUGUCAGGAAUCGUUUUUUAAGUGGACACCUGACGAGAUCACGCUGCAGGAUAAGAGCGAAGACCUCCUCUUGUCAGAAGAGCACAUUGCAGUCAAUCACCUGGCAGAGUUUAAGAGGCAUUUACCCACGCUGACCAUCAUGUUGUCCAGAUUGAGGACACUUGCUGUAGCUGAGCCUCUGCUGAGCUCAUCGGGAGACACCAUCUCAGAAAACAACAUGUUCAGCUGUUUUGAGGACUGCGCAUCUUAUGAAAAACUUCCAGAAGUGGACGCCACCGAUGUUCAGACGUGUGCAGACCUCUCCCUUCAUGAUGAGAAGAUAUGUUUGAUGCCUGUUUCAUUGUACUUAGAGAAGCUUUUGAAACAAUAACAACUGUUGUGUAGAUCUUUGGUGUCACCAAGAGCUCAGAAAGAGAUGAAGGUGGCACUUUGGAAGGCAGAGAAGCACCCGGCCUUUGUGGUGGGCUUUCUGUUAUCAGAGCCUCAAAUUUAUGAGUCAGCUGUUGACUUCCAGCCUCUGUGGGAAGCCUUAAAAGUUACCAAAUUGGAGAAAGAAAGUUUUAUCAGCACUGCUGACAGACUGGAGAUGGGAGUCCUGCAGUUAUCUUUGAGCUGCUGCUCUGAGUUCACAGAGAGCUUGAAGUCUGAGUUUCCCUCCACCAGAGAGGAAACGGUGGAAGAUUUCAGCAAACUGCCACCUGAACACGUGGAGGUUGACUCCAUUCUAAUAAAGCCCACAACUGAAGCUCUUCUCCAAAAGGAAACUGCUGUUGAUUUAUCUCUGAACGUCUCCCAGAAGCCUGCGCUCAGCACGGUGAAUAAGGACGUGAAACCAGCUGCUGCCAUCAGCGCCAAAGAUGUCAUUGGUGACAAGAUGUUCUCAGAAGCUGCAGCCUGUUCUUCAGCUCAUAAGAAAGUCACCAACAGAGAAGGAAAUGACUAUAAUAUAGAGCUGAGUGCCCACAUUUCUGAGCAAGCUGUCCCCUCCACACUAAAUACCAGAGAUGGUCACAGAGGUUUGCUGUUUACAAGACAUCCACCAGAGCUGGACCUCGACCCCCUGGCCACAUUCAUGAUGCUGAGGUCUCAGCAGAUCGCUCCCAUUACUGCACCACCUCAGAGCCCAGCCAGCACUGCAGAGGACAUUGUUUCAAAGAAGGCUCUAGAGAUCUCAGCGCCUGAGGUGAACCAACAAACACCAUCGUCACAGCUGCAGCCUUCUCUGGUGCAGAAUCAAACACUGGAUGCGAGGCCAGCCAACACGAGUGCUGCGUCUUCCAGAAAUGCUUCCAGAGAGGAAAAACCCACUGCUCCGUGGACGGGUCAACUCCUUGGAAAACCACAGCAGAGACAGGAAAGCCAAGUAGUUAAGGUCAAAGCUACAGACAGCCAGCAGCGAGCCUACUGUGAGCUCCUGGCCUUCGCUCAGCCUUGUCUGAGCUCUGCCAGACAGCUGGGGCUCAACUUCCCGGGGUGUGAAGACUUCAGCUGCUUGGCACCAGACCAAACUCACUUCCUCCUCAAACAACAGGAGAGGGCGCUCUGCAGGUCCCCUGCACAGACUGCAGAACUGAUCAAAGAUCAGGAAGUGCUUUUCAACCAGGUGGCUCUGAUCCAUGUGCUGGUGACAUUUAAGGAGAUGCUGCUGAAGUGCGACCUCAGUACGGGUCUGGAGUACCUGACGAAGGCAGCUGAGGCGUGUGCAGAGCAGAGUCUGCAGCAGCUGCUGAAGAGGCUGCACAUCAUCCUCUACCUCAGUCAGAAGAACCAAGAGCCCAGCCUCAAACUGCAGAAGCUGCAGCAGCUGGUGGCUGAGUGGCUGAACAGCAGGAAAGGGCAGAACACCUCAGAUAAAAUUCUUAUCAUCGUAUCAGUUGACUCUGAUGGCAGCAGAUUAACAAUAAUCAGCAGCUUGAACCAGGUUACAGGUGCAGCUGCAGUUUGUCCAGAGCAGGAUGAGAAAAAGCUGAACGGUGCCGCUGUAGUCAGCAGUGUGCCUGACAGUGUGUGUGUGGUGGUGUACGAACAGGAUAUUGGCCCCAACUUCCCCUGGACCUGUUUCUCUCUGGUGGUUGAGUACGACCAUCCAGGCCAGUCUCCGUGGUCUGCGAUCUGUAGGGAGAGGAGCAUCAGCCACCUAACGUUCAACACCAGCGUCUGUGCUGCUGAGAAUACCUUGUGGUGUCUGGAGGACAAUGUGCCAUACGUGUUAUUUGUGACGGAGGGGCUUCUUAACUGUCCGCUGCUGCUGCAAACACUCGAGUCAGGCGAUGGUGAGCUGCUGUUUAGCUGUGCGGUGAAACGUGUCUGUCGCAGGUUCAAUGUGACGGUGCUGGAGAGGAGCCACUCUCCUUCCCUGCAGAUGCUCGGGGGGAUCCACAACUACACGGUGAUCACAGUGGAUGAAAGCACCGCCAUUGUCAUUCAGCAGCAGGAUGAACUGUGUCACGAGCGAGCCAGUGAGGGGCUGGUGAUGAGGCUGACUGCUCUCUCUCUUCAGUACAGCUUGUGCUGGCUCAUUCUCCACUGCCCAGACAGUCAGGGAGGAGGAUUUUCCAGUGAAGCCUUCAACAACUUGGUGUUGGUCUAUUCAUCUCUGGUGCUGUUCAGCAUGAAGUCUGAGGAUCUGGAUGUGAAGGUGCUGAUAGUGUCGGAUCUUUUGGAAAUAGCAAAGUCCAUCAGUCGGAUUUGCUUCCACCGCCUGAUGUCCAGUGACAGAGAGCCUCUCAGCUUCCUGAAUAGAGACUGGCUGACUGUGAUGCCCUCACAGGAAGAAAAGAGCUUGUCACAGUUCCCUGGCAUCAACCCUCUGGUUGGACAGCUGAUGCUGAGCAGAGCUCCAUCCUUCCAGUGGCUCCUGGCGGCCUCUCUGUCUCAGCUCAAGGAGCUGCUCCCUGAGGUGCCACAUAAAGUGCUCAAGGUUUUGGAGCUGCAGAUCAAGAAACAGUUUCAGGACACAUGUAAGGUGCAGACCAAACAGUACAAGGCCCUCCGCCACCACCAGAUGGAAGUUACGCCCAAGGCCGAGCACAAGACGGUGCUCAAGGCCCUGAAGGAUGAGCAGACACGCAAGCUGGCCAUGCUGGCCGAGCAGUAUGAGCAGAGUAUCAACGAGAUGAUGGCCUCAGGCGGCCCGGGAAGCGGAAUGCCAGGCCCUGAGGCAGCAGCUGCAGCAGGAGAUGGAGCUGCUCAAUGCCUACCAGAGCAAGAUCAAGAUGCAGACCGAGGCGCAGACCGAGCGCGAGCAGCAGAAGCUGGAGCAGAAAGUGUCGCUGCGCCGAGCACACCUGGAACAAAAGAUUGAAGAGGAGCUGGUUUCCCUUCAGAAGGAGCGAACCGACCGCAUCAAACACUUGCUGGAGCGUCAGGAGCGGGAGAUCGACACCUUCGACAUGGAAAGCGUGCGUCUCGGCUUCAGCAACCUGGGCACUUUGGACUUUCCCAAGGACGACUACAGAUGAGGGGCUGCUAUUCCUGCCGCCACCGUCUGCUUGUAGUCCCCCCCCGGGUGUCUAUCUGCCUCAGAACACCUCACCUCUCCUUUGACCUGACCUGACAGUGCAGGUGUUCACUGCUGCUGACGCCCGCCCUCAGACACACGUUUAAAAAAAUGAGAAAAAAAAAAAACAGCUUGGGGAUGAGCGCUGUGUGUUUUCUGGGCCGCUCAGACGGGAUCGAUGGCCGGUUUGAGUGUCCCCCCUCCCCAGCAAACCAACCUAUACUUCCUACCCUCCUCGCCUCUGUGGUGUCACAAGACGACAAAAAAAAAAACAUAUGCUGGAUAACUUCUUGUGGUUGUCAUGUUUUUGUAAGAAUAACAUAGUCACAGUGUUUCUUGUUUCUCGUGCAAUGAUGACACUUCUGGUGUGACUAAAAGUGGAAAUUGAGAGAAGGAGGGAGAGAAGAUUGAGGGCGGUAGGAUGCACAAAAAUCGCUCCAAAACCAUGCAUUUUCAGAGAUUUGGGUUUUUUGUUUUGUUUUGUUUUUUGUCUCAAGCAGUGCAAAAAAUAAUCUCUCAAAGCGAUAAACGGAUCCUUCUGCAGCCGCUCGUCUCGGCUGCUUCUUUUUGGUAUUUAUUCAUCGAGAGGUUUUUAGGACCAAUUUGAAGAAUUUGAUACUUUGACAGAAAACUCGAUGUACAUACAGGUACACUUGUAGUAUAUGUGAUUCCUUCAUGCGAUUACUGGAGGGUGGGUGAACCAUGGUACUCAACAUGUGUAUUGUACUGAUUUCUCUGCACUGGCAGUCAAUGUGAAACAUAAUACAGAUGUGAACUCCCAGCUGGCACAAAGGGCUUCAUGGGGAGGGCAGGGGGACUUGUACUUUGUGUAUAGAAGGAUCUAUGGAGAGCUUUUACUUAUUUUCGUAUUUUACUAAUACAUCUAGUCAUAAAUCAAGUUCAGAUAUCUGGCAUAUUAGUAAAUGAAGAUAUCUCUAAUUAUAUUUUGACUAGUCAAAAUACCUAUUUGAGAUAUCUCUUGUCACGGCCCCUCCUCUGACCUGCAGGGGCGGUGCUUCCUGCAGGCAGAGGUGGGCCUUGUGUAAUUGGAGCCACCUGGGCUCACUAAUAUAAGCAGGGUUAAACUAAUUAUUCUCCCCUCUCUGCUCCUCCAGGUAAUUUUGGUUUGUCUUUGGUUCUGGUUUGGUUUUGGGUUGCAGUAUUCAUUCAGCUUUCCACAUACAUGUCCACGUACUCAUACAUUGCAUACACUGACCAUCAUGACAUACUCACAUCUCAUAUUUAUCUUUCCUUUGGUUUUGCUUAAGUUUCAAUAAAACGAAUUUGUUGGCCUAUACCUUUGUCUCC